AACUAAAAUCAAAAAUUCUUUAGAAAGGCCCAAUCUUCAAACUUUUAUUGGUUUCCUAAUAAUCCCUAAAAUUCAAUCUGGCAUUCCGCUUUUUUUCGUUUGUUGUGUUCCCCUUCUUGAAUUGAUAAAAAGUUUGCAAAUUUCAGCUGUAGUUUGGAAUAAAAUUUACAUUUGUUUAUAAAAAGAAAAAUAAUAACAAACGAAAUAGCUAAACAAGGAAAUAUUUGAAAUGCCUGCUUUUUGUGCUGUGCAAAAUUGUGGUGAUAAAUAUGGCCAUGCGGAUAAUAUUUCCUUUCACAAAUUUCCAUUCAAACGGCAAGAGUUGAUGCAGAAAUGGCUUGACUUCGCACAACGCGGCCCUGACUGGCAGCCGUCGAAAUGGAGUUCCAUCUGUAGUCGUCAUUUCCGCGAAGAGGACUUCAAUUGCGCAGCCGACCGUAAGAUACUAAAGAAAACGGCCGUGCCUUGUUUGCUAGAGCAGAAACAAACUCCGGCAACAGAAAGUGUGAAUAAUGAUCAGCAGCAUAUAGAGGAAAUUUCUAAAGCGAAAGUACCGGACCAAGGCAAAACAAAACCAACAACUCAGGUUGACACACCCAACGUUGAGGCAUUUGGUGAAACGUGCGAAGACUUUGAAGAGGAGGAAGAUCAAAGUUUACAAGCAACACAUUCACAAAGCUCACCCAAUGUUGCGAAAAUUAACUGUCGGCUGUGCGGAAAUGCUUGCAGCUUGGCGGUUGUGUCAUUUUCUACGAAUUUCGAAAUCUAUGGCAUGAUACAAAAAUGUUUCCCCACACUCAAUAUACAAAAAGAUGACCAUUUGCCCAAAGAGUUGUGUCGCCAGUGUCUUAAGCGAUUGGAGAGUUUCUCACGAUUUAUUGAUAAGGUGCUCGAGACUCAAAGUGAAUUGCAACGUAAAUAUCGUACAGAAAAACCUAAUAACAAUACACGAUUUGCCGAACGUCCACUUAAGGUGAAGCAAGAACCGACGGUACGUGUGAAACAGGAAGUGCCAGAAGCGUAUAACAGCUUCUUAUCCGAUGAUUUGGAUAUGGCCAUGGAUGAAGGCUGCGAACAGGAGCCUGAUGCAGAUACAAAUGUUGAACAAAAAUUUGAUUUUUGUGAUUUUCCAAUGCUAAACGCACAAGAUAUAAUAAAUAAUUGUGAUAUAAUGGAAAUAAUUAAUUUGGAUGACCCUUUCAUCAACAUACCAGACGAUGAUGCGAACACAAAUUGUGAAAGUAAUGCACAGGACGAGCAGCAGCACGAGCAUAAUACACACCAACGGCAACAACAGUCACAAAGCUCAAUGAAACGACUUCUACCCAGUGCACAUGAGCUUUUGCAGGCACAUUUACUGAGUGAAGAGCACAAUUACGCAUACACGACGGAGGAUUUGAAAGAGGAGUGGCAAUUUAAAAAUACCUAUAAAACUGAGAAGACUGACGAGGGCAGCGAAUAUGGUGAGCAGGAAGAACUCAUUGCUAAUAAUGAACAAGAAGAGGAUGAACAGACCGGCUAUACAGGAGAAGAGCAACAAAAUGAUGGCGCGUCGGACAUGUAUAAAGAAAAUUAUGUUUCCUCCAACAUAAUGGAUACAAACAAUACAAAUGGAAAGCAGACAAGCGUUGACGCACCGCCAUUGAGCUCAUCUCUUGCAGACACACGCUCCUCGAGACCCAUAGUCACUUCAGUAAGCGCACUUGGCGAGACAGCUCUAGCAUUACCCAAUAAUGCAGACACGAAUCAUAAUCGCAAUGAAAAAAUGAUGGUCACUGCCGUAAAUGAUAUGCGACAACACCAACAACAUGAGCAACAAGCGCAGCAGUCAACGUCUACUGAUGCAGCAGUUAACGCAUCAACGAGUGUUCCUACAACGCAUAUGGCGGCGGCAAAACCACACACGAAACCAAAUAUUGUAGUGCUUGAUGAAAGCAUUGUUAAAUCCUCAAAUGCCUUUCAACUUCACACCUGUCACACCUGUCAUCUGAAAUUCUUUAGUAUGGAGUCACUUAAUCAACAUUAUAUUGUAGCGCAUCCGCUGCAAACACAGUUGGAUCAAGGAGCGCAUCUGCAAAAGUUUUCGGACAGUCCAAUGCAACAACAACAACAACAACAGCAACAGCUUCAGCAUUUAAGACAACCCUACAAUGCAGAACCCCAAGAAAGCUUGUUAACGCAUAAUCAGCAUUACCAACACCAACACCAACAUGAGGAACAGCUGCCUCAGCAGCAGCAGCAACAACAACAACAACAACAAGAGCAUUUACCAAUGGUCAGUGUUCCCGGUAAUUACAUGUGGAAGUCAUAUGAGACGGCAAAUGAUGGGGGAAAUGAGAAUUUUACACAAAAUUGUAAAAUAGAAAAAGGAUAUGGCUCACCAGCGACGUCGGCGGAAGGUACACAUACACAUCAACCGGAUGAGAGUCAUACAUAUCUACAACCAAGCAUAUUUGGUUUUACGCACUCAAAUCCCCCAAGAAACACUUUUAUCACCCCUAAUCGUAGCGUCGAAGACGCCACUACUUUACUCGGCGCGCCAAAUGCUGUAAGAAUACUAGAAAUGAAACGUACAUUUUUGCGACAACAUGAAUUGUAUAGUAAUAUUGGCAAUAUUCCGCACGAUUAUGACAGAGCAACUGUGCAUAAUAAUGAUGAAGUGAAGACGAACACCUACGCUGCCGCUGCUAACAACAUGUCUGUGGCAGAAAAUUCCUCAAAAACGCCAGCGCCACUGCCUACGCACCAACCACCAACGGCGCCUUUGCGCAUGCGCAAGAGAAAACAUUCCAGACAACGCGCGCGUCUAAAUAGCAGAGUCAUCGCGCGUUUAACUGCACUCGAACGCAAAAUAAAUGCCGCGGCAAGCCCUGACGCUGUAACUACCGAAUAUCGCCAUUUACGGCGACGCUUUAAGUUGCUACAACGCAAGUGCAAGAGCUUAGAAGUGCAGAUAAUGGAGAAGCAGGUGAGAGGCACAAAAACAAUAACUAAACCUACAACGUCCCAGCGCUCCACUACAACAAGAAAGACUGUCGCUCUGCUACGUUUUUGUUGCCGCAUUUGCCAAGCGAAAUUCAAGAGCAUUCAACGCUUGUUGCAACACAAGCGCACACACAGACAUUGGGCGCGCCUGCAUCGCAUGCCAAAACGUUUCGCCGCCACCUGCUGUGGCUGCGAGAAAUUCUUCCGCCACAAAAUCGCACUACGCAAUCAUAUGCGCUACAUUUGUCAAGCGUUGCCGCUGUGUUGGUUCAAAAUGCAAAUGAAAACAUUCAAGUGCCGCUACUGCAGGCGCAGUACCUUCAAUCAUUGGCGCCUCUAUCGUCGGCAUGAAGUAAAAUGCAAAUCGGCGAGACAACGCAAAACAGGCAAACAAAGUCGUCCGCGCGCGUAUCACAGAAAUCAAUCUGCAGCACAGAAAACUCAAGCGCAGCCACUCAAUCAUAACAAAAAUGAUAAUGCCAUUGCCGCGCUUAGAAUCUCAAGUGCUGCGCCUGUGUCUGCCACGGCGCCUACCCCCUCAAAACAUAAAGUGCCCGUAACCGUUGGCGCGCGUGAAUAUGCCUGCACAGUGUGCGCCAAAGUAUUCGCCUCAUCGAACAGUCUCAACCAACAUAGCAUCACACACACCGAUCAGCGACGGCACAAAUGUCGUUUGUGUGAUCGCGCCUUCAAGCGUCGCAAUGGCUUGACACAGCAUGUGCGUGGUUUUCAUUUGCAACUCAAGCCGCAUCAGUGCACCGUCUGUCAGCGCUCUUAUGCGCUCAAGAGUGAUAUGCUGCGCUGCCGUCAUGCGGCGGUGAAGCGCGUUAGUGGUGUUUUGGCGAAUAAGAAUCAAAUUGCGGACAGUGUGAAGUAGUUUUUUUUUAAAGAAGUAUUGUUUUUUUUUUUUAAGACUUGUGUAUGUAUGUUGUAUUAUGCUCACUUAUACAUAUAACCGGUGUUGGCCUCUAUUUGCUUUUAUGUGGCUUGGCGAUGAUAUGCUUGUACUGUAUUAUGUACUUUAAAAAAAAUUUGUGUAUAAUUAUUUUAUAAUUAAUUUAAAUAUUCCGCGCUUGAAGCUUGGUUUACUGAGGCAAUAAGUUGAAUACGCACAUCACGUUAAUAACUAAGAAUUUUUUUACAACAGAAAUCAUUUAAAAUGUC